AUGAAAAUGAGAUCCAUAUUUCGAAUCAGCCUCUUACUAUUGCCAAUAUUAUUUCAGUCAGCAACAGCUGCAGCACCCAUGACAAAGCCUGGAUGUCAAAACCGUUGUGGAAACAUCAGCAUUCCUUACCCCUUUGGAACUGCACAAGAUUGCUAUGCAAAUGAAAUGUUCAAGAUUGUAUGCAGGGAAGCUGCCAAUGAGUCAGCUCCAAGAGCUUUUAUUAGCAUGAUCAAUAUGGAGGUUCUGAAUAUUACAGAUGGUGCAGCAAUUGUCAACGGUCCAAUAAUGUCCUCCAAUUGUUCCGACAGGCAAUCCAAUCUACCUGCUCUGAAUUUGACGGGAAGUCCCUUCUUUUUCUCCUUUGGUAAUGUGUUCACUGCAGUGGGUUGCAACGUCCGCGCGUUGUUGACAGGGAUAGGCCCCCUAGUUGUCGGGUGCGACUCGACUUGCAGUGCUGACUAUAAUCAGAAAACUCUUCUUUACGGGCAAGAAAUUAACAGUCUAUGUGCUGAUGGAAACUGCUGUGUGGCAAGUGCACCUUACCGGAUGCAGGUUUUUCAGCCAAGUUUGGAUACAAAAAAUAGGAGUGAAGACAGCAGUGGAUGCAAGUUAGCUUUCCUAACAGACCAAAACAAAUUUUCGUUUCUCAAUAUGACCAAUCCGCAAGCGCUACAGAGUUGGAGAUCUGUUCCACUGGUGCUUGCCUGGAUGAUGGAUUACAGCAUUUGGAGAUAUGAUAACAGUACCAUGGUUUGCAAGUACUUCCUUUAUGAGUUAUCUGUGAGUAACGUUUCAGGAUAUGAAUGUUCUUGCAGUAACGGCUAUGAAGGCAACCCUUACCUUGGGUGCGCAGAUAUUAAUGAAUGCAAAGACCCAAAUCGGCAUUCGUGCUUGGGGAUAACAAAAUGUGUGAAUACACUGGGAUCAUACAAAUGCGAGGUCAAUAAGUAUUGGAUCGUCCCAAUACUUGUUGCUGCUAUCGCUGGAAUAUUUUCAUUGCUUGCUGGCAUAUUGUGGUUAUACAAACUAGCAAGGAAAAGAAAAAACAUAGAACUUAAAAGGAAAUUCUUCAAACGAAAUGGUGGUUUAUUGUUACAGCAGCAGUUAUCCUCAAAUAAUGGCAGUGUUCAGAAAACAAAGAUAUUUACUUCAAAAGAGUUGGAGAGAGCUACUGAUCGUUUUAAUGAAAAUAGAAUACUUGGUCAAGGUGGACAAGGCACGGUUUACAAGGGGAUGUUAGAAGAUGGAAGAAUCGUUGCUGUUAAAAGGUCCACAAUAGUGGGUGAAGAAAAGCUCGAGGAGUUUGUCAAUGAGGUUGUCAUUCUUUCACAAAUUAAUCAUAGGAAUGUGGUUAAGUUAUUCGGAUGUUGCUUGGAGACUGAAGUUCCUCUCCUAGUCUAUGAAUUCAUUUCCAAUGGAAAUCUUUUCCAGUAUCUGCAUAAUUUUUACCAGAAUGAGGACUUCAUAUUGUCAUGGGAAAUGCGAUUACAGAUUGCCAUUGAAGUUGCUGGAGCACUUUCCUAUUUACAUUCGGCAGCAUCCAUUCCAAUUUUUCACCGUGACAUUAAGUCUGCAAAUAUACUCUUGGAUGACAAAUAUAGAGCAAAGGUUUCAGAUUUUGGAUCUUCAAGAUCAAUGGCUAUUGAUCAAACUCAUAUGACCACUAACGUGCAAGGCACUUUUGGUUAUUUAGACCCGGAAUACUACCAAUCUAGUCAAUUUACGGACAAGAGUGAUGUUUAUAGCUUCGGUGUAGUCCUCGUCGAGCUCUUAAGUGGGAAAAAACCAAUUCUAUCAUCAACUUCACAAGAAACGAGAAGUUUGGCCACACAUUUUCUCGUUCUGAUGGAAGAGAACAGGCUCUUCGAUAUUCUUGAUGUCCUAGUUAAGGAGGAUUGUCUUGAGGAGGAAAUAAUGGCUGUAGCAAAUCUUGCAAAGAGAUGCUUGAAUGUGAGCCGAAAACAUCGACCAACAAUGAAAGAGGUCUCAGCCGAGUUGGAGAGGAUUGGGUUGCUGCAGAGAAAGUCAAUUGUUCAACGAAAGGAAGAAGAGACUAGUGAGAACGCCAUGGUAGAACGUCUCUGCAACUGGGAUGCAGUUCCUAUCUCAGCUACCUGUGACUUUGACAAUGCUAGAUCAGUUCAAUCAACAGAUGCCGAACCAUUGAUUACUUACAAUACUUUAUGAACAAGAAGUAUGUCAAGGCUUGGGAUUGCCAGGCAAGAUGAUCUUAUUGCUCGGUUGUAGCUUUUCCUAUGCUUUUGUAGUCCUGCAACCUAACAGGGUCGCUUUGGAUGAUCACUGUGUCAGGCUAUCCACGCACGGCCGAUUUAUUCUGGCUUGCCAAUUACACUUCCCCUCCUCCCUCCUUGGUCCCAAGCGGGUGUGGCUUUUGUUUCUGUUCAGGCGUGUUUUUCGU